AUCUUGUUCAUCGAUCAUUGCCUCGUUAAGUGCUUCCACCUACGGUCUUACAUUGACACCAGUCAGCAACAGCCUUGAUCAAAAUGAGCGACCUCGAAGACCCAGAGCUGCAGCCGCUGAUUCCACCUACGCCACAAUACUUGUCAUCCGCAGAAAGUUCAAAUACCAAGCAGCUUAUACCCGGGACACAUGAGCCGGAUGAAGAAAACUUUGGGACUAGGGAUGCGCAUCCAUCACGCUCAGUUGAGGACGAUGUUCUCCCAGAGACAUCGACACUCGGUCGCACGUUGACAUGGCAGAGCGCCUACAUUCUCGUUAUCUCAAGAGUGAUUGGCAGCGGGAUCUUUGCUACUCCAGGCGCAAUCCUUCGCUCAGUUGGUAGCCCCGGCCUGUCACUCUCACUUUGGAUUGUCGGCGCAAUAAUUGCUGCAUGUGGCUUGAUGAUUUCCCUAGAGUUUGGUUCGAUGCUACCACGGUCCGGGGGAGACAAAGUAUACCUGGAAUUCACAUAUCGUCGACCCCGUUUCCUAGCAUCGACCCUCAUCGCCAUUCAGGCCGUUCUUCUGGGGUUUACAGCGAGUAACUGCAUCGUUUUCAGCGAAUAUCUUUUGUUUGCACUGGGCGGCGAGAAUCCCAGCGAUCUCCUUCGAAAAGGAAUUGCGGUUGCACUGCUCACACUCGUCACCAUGAUUCACGGUUGUUUCCCACGUUUCGGCAUCAAGCUGCAAAACUUUUUAGGUUGGAUCAAAGUCGCCCUCAUUAUCUUCAUGAUAUUCUCAGGUCUCUAUGUCGUUUUAUUCAGACCAACACCAGAAUCCGCUCAAAAAACAACUGGAGUCUUCGGAUGGGGAGACUUGUGGGAAGACACCAACUGGAAUUGGGGUGUAAUUGCUACAUCCCUAUUCAAGGUUUUCUAUUCAUACUCAGGGCUCGACAACGCCAAUUACGUGCUGAAUGAGGUCAAAGACCCAGUUCGAACAUUGCGAUCUGUGACAAUGGCGGCGUUGACUACGGCAUGUGGACUUUAUGCCCUUAUCAAUGUGGCAUACUUUCUCGUCGUUCCCAUCGACGAGAUAAAGCAGAGUGGCGAGCUGAUAGCGGCUCUCUUCUUUGAACGAAUAUUUGGUGCGGGCGUUGGCAAAACAAUCCUUCCCCUGGCAGUUGCUCUGAGUGCAGGGGCAAAUGUUCUCGUCGUCGCCUUCUCAGCGGCGCGUACAAAACAAGAAAUUGCCAGACAAGGCUUUCUCCCGUUUUCCGACAUUUUAUCAUCGACACAGCCAUUCAACUCACCUCUAGGUGGAUUGGUUGUCCACUACAUUCCAUCAUUUCUGGUUAUCACGCUGCCACCUUCCAGGGACGUCUACUCAUUCAUCCUGGAGGUUGAAGGCUACCCCGGGCAAAUCUUAGCAUUGGCCAUUGGAGUCGGACUUCUAUGGCUACGCUUUAAACGACCCGAUAUCAAGCGUCCAUUUAAAGCAUGGGUCCCGGCAGUAGUCUUGCGAAUCGGCCUAAGCAUGGCUCUACUUGCAGCACCUUUUUUCCCGCCGGAUACAAAGCCGCCAAACGGGUUAUUUUACGCCACGUAUGCAAUAAUCGGCGUGAGCAUGUGAGUUGAACCAUCCAACCCGACAGUAGAGCUUUUAAAGCUAACACUGCUAUCUAAUAGCAUUACAGCUGGAGUGAUAUAUUGGUACAUUUGGACUGUCCUCUUGCCCCGGUGGGGAGGUUAUCAGAUUGAGGAAAAAGAAGAGACUCUUAGUGAUGGGACAACUAUUACAAAACUUGUUCAUACAGAGAUUUAAAAGUAGGACAGAGGCUACUUCUCCGUACCGUGGAAGCCUUUGGUCCCUUC